AUGGAGACCUCUAACGAAGAUGUUUCUUCUGCUCUCUAUCUAAUCAAGCUUCACCUACUUGGUGAGGUAUCCCCUGUUGCUCUGCCCUGCUUAUCUAAUUCAGACACUGAGGUUUCGUCCUCUCAAUCUCUCUGUUCCCAAUCAACCCGUGAUUACUAUGCAUUAGAAUCGAAACCGCAAACAAAUCGGACGAAACCCUCGCUGGAGAUCUCGCUUCCGAGCAAAAGCAACGCCAAGUGGAUCCAAUUGGGCAAUCCCAAUCACCAGCCGGAUGCAUCAUCGCUCUCCUCCGUAGAGCAAAAUGCGAGUCUCGAAGCCAAAAAGCACUACAGAGGGGUCAGACAAAGGCCUUGGGGAAAGUACGUGGCGGAGAUCCGAGACCCUAACCGGCGCGGCUCGCGUCUAUGGCUAGGGACCUUCGACACGGCAAUAGAAGCCGCCAAGGCCUACGACCGAGCCGCAUUCAAGCUCCGUGGUUCGAAAGCGAUCCUCAACUUCCCACUCGAGGUCGGGAACUCAGAUACAACCCCGGAGUCUGGCGAGAGAAAACGACAUCGUGAGGAGGAGGAAGUGAAGGUAGUGGUCGUCAAGAAAGAGAGGUCGACGGAAUCGAAGAAUACUACCGGUACUUCUUCCACGGAUGUCCCAUUAACGCCGUCUAGUUGGAAGGCGGUAUGGGACGGUGAUCUUCAAGGGAUUUUCAGUAUUCCGCCAUUGUCACCGUUAUCUCCUCACCCAUCCUUAGGUUAUCCGCAGCUUACGGUCAUAUGAAUGUUUGGACUUUGAACUCCCACACGUCGCCGUAUUGAUUAUCUUAUUAUUUAUUUAUUAAUGCGAUGUACAUAUGACGAAGUUUACCGAGAAGGAUUGUUUCAAAAGAAAACAAAGAAGGA